GUUAAAGCUCCACGCGCGGUCUGUGCUUCUGUGGAGUGUCAGUUUAUUUUAUUUACUCGGUUAUUCGGUUGUUGUUGUUGUUGUUUUCCCGCCGGUUAAACCCCGGGACACCGGGUCGGGGGGGUGAAAGCUCCGGGAAUGAUUUCAGCACCGCGGACAGCCACCGGGAGAACCACACUGCCCUACUGCCACCAGUCUUUCCAUAACCUACAGGAGCUGAGGCACAGCGCUUCCCUGGCUAAUAAAGUUUUUAUCCAGAGAGAUUACACUGACGGAACCGUCUGCAAAUUCCAGACCAAAUUUCCAUCCGAACUGGACAGCCGGAUUGAAAAGACUCUGUUUGAGGACACGGUGAAGACGCUGAAUAAUUACUAUGCUGAGGCGGAGAAGAUCGGAGGCCACGCCUACCUGGAGGGCUGCCUUGCCUGUUUCACAGCCUACCUCGUCUUCCUCUGUAUGGAGACGCGCUACGAAAAGGUCCUGAAAAAGAUCUCACGGUACAUUCAGGAGCAGAAUGAGAAGAUCUACGCGCCCAGAGGCCUCCUCAUUACUGACCCUAUAGAGAGGGGCAUGAGAGUUAUUGAGAUCAGUAUCUAUGAAGACAGAGGUUCUAGUGGAUCCAGUUCAGGAAGCAGCACCACCAGCAGCAGUGGACGAUGAUGAGCUCCCCGCCCCCCCUCCUCCCACACACACACACACACACACACACACA